CUCCAAUCACACCCCCACCCCCCGUCUUUACCCUCUCCUCAGUGGGUAUAAAAGAGGAGGUUUAUUUACCAACUUCACUUCAUUUGGAACCUCCAGCCUCAUCAAUCCGAUCCCCUGAACUACUGAACCACACGGACUAAUCAUGAGCAGGAACUACAUGUCCAAGUAUGAUGAGAUGCGUAAGGGAGACUACAUGUGGUCCAAUAACAAGGAAUACAAGGCAGUUUUCCAGGAGGACGGAAACUUUGUCAUCUAUGGCUGGAGGCAGAUGUGGUCCUCUGACACCGCGGGACAGCGCGACGCCUACCGCCUGUGCAUGCAAGAUGACAGCAACUUUGUCAUGUACAAGAGGGAUAACAAGAUUAUGUGGCAAACCAAGAGCCAGGCUCAAGGGUUCAAGAUGUGCCGCAUGUACCUGCGUAACGACGGCAACCUGGUCGUUGAGAAGGACGGAGAAGAAAUGUGGAACUCUUCUUCCUCCAAGGGUCACAAGCAGUAAACGUUCUGAAUGGGUCCAAACGGGCAUCAAAGAAGAUGACCUCUGUACAUCUGUACCGUCAGUCAAAUGCCUGUGUUCAAAUAUCCACAUGAAUAUACCACUUAGAAAUCAAGCGAUGUGCUUUGCAUGCUUCGUGUAAGUGUUAUGCUAGUGUGGUUAUUAAAACAUAGCCUUGAUGUAUCUGAUUCACAGUGAAAUGAUGAUACAAUAAACCUUUUAAAAAUGCCCCAAAACUGUCUUGUGAAGCAUGUUUUUUAGUUUCUGAUGGUGGUCUGUUUGAUUUGAUGGGCCCGAUGAGAAAUGCAUCCUUUCCAUGAAGUAAUCACUGAUCUCAUAAAGUUGGCAAGAGGAAAGCAUUAGGUUAACUUUGUUAUACUUUAUUUUGAUAGAUCAUCUGUAGGGAACUACAGAUACUAUCAACAUGUUGAGAUAAAUAUAUGUAAAUAAUAGCCUGCUAGGGUAACGGUAAAUGUUAGGGCUAUAAAACUUACAUUUUGGAUAGUCACAAAUACAGUCACCAGGGAAAGUCUACUCACCCCUGCAGUUCACAUUUUUCCUUCCUUAAAAUAAAAUAAAAAUGCAUUAAAUUGG